AUGUACAGAGUACCGAAAAACACUAUCUCAAAUUUCAUUAAAGAAGUAUGCCAAGAAAUAUACAAUCCUCUACAAGAAUUUAUGAAGGUACCACAAACAGAAGAAGAAUGGAAAGAAAUUCAAAAUAAUUUCUAUUGCCGAUGGAAUUUCCCAAAUCGCUGCAGGGUCCUGGAUGUCAAACAUAUUAUUAUACGUAAUGCACCCCAUAGUGGAUCAGAAUAUUUUAAUUAUAAAGGCACCUUUACUAUUAUUUUAUUUGCAUCUGUUGAUGAGAAUUAUUCUUUUCGCUACAAUGAUGUGAGUACAAAAGGCCGUACCAGUGAUGCAGCAGUUUUUUCAAAUUCAUCUCUAAACGCAGCACUGCAAGCGAAUCUGUUAAAUUUUCCAAAAAAUGGAGUAUUUGUCGCUGAUGACGCUUUUCCGCUCAAAACGUUCAUUUUAGAACCAUACGGAAGAACCACGUGCCUAUCCAGAAAACAAAAAAAUUUUAAUUACCGCCUAUUUAGGGCACGCCGUAUCGUGGAGAAUGCAUUCGGGAUUUUGGCUUCGAGACUUAGAAUAUUUGAAAAAUCGAUACCUCUUGCGAUUGAUAAGGUGGAUAUACUGGUUAAAACAGCGUGUGCAUUACACAAUUGGCUAAGAACUACCUCGAGUGAAAAAUACACGGAAAUGGGCGCCUUGGACGUAGAGGACUUUAAUGCAGCUAGGAUUAUACCAGGUUCUUGGAGAUCAGAAAUUCAUGAAGCAAAUGGUUUACAGGCAUUACGAAAUAACGUUGGGGCUCGUAAUUACACAUAA